AUGGAACACUUCUCGCCGUGUUCUCGUCACGUUCUCGCCGUGUUCUCGCCGUGUUCUCGCCGUGUUCUCGCCGUGUUCUUGUCACGUUCUCGCCGUGUUCUCGCCGUGUUCUCGUCACGUUCUCGCCGUGUUCUCGCCGUGUUCUCGUCACGUUCUCGCCGUGUUCUCGCCGUGUUCUCGUCACGUUCUCGCCGUGUUCUCGCCGUGUUCUCGUCACGUUCUCGCCGUGUUCUCGCCGUGUUCUCGUCACGUUCUCGCCGCUUUCUCCGCGUUCAGUCACACAUGAAUUUGACCCCCCUCCUCCCUCCCCUCACUGUCUCCCCUCUCUCUCCCCCCUCCCUGUCUCACUCCCUCUCCCUUCACUGUCUCCCCCUCUCUCUCCCCCCUCCCUGUCUCUCUCCCUCUCCCUUCACCGUCUCCCCUCUCUCUCCCUCUCCCUUCACCGUCUCCCCUCUCUCUCCCUCUCCCUUCACCGUCUCCCCUCUCUCUCCCUCUCCCUUCACCGUCUCCCCUCUCUCUCCCCUCCCUGUCUCUCUCCCUCUCCCUUCACUGUCCCCCCUCUCUCUCCCCUCCCUCUCUCUCUCCCUCUCCCCUCACUGUCCCCCCUCUCUCUCCCCUCCCUCUCUCUCUCCCUCUCCCCUCACUAACGGGGGGGGUGGGGUGUUUGGGGUUGGUGGUGGUUGUGGUGGGUUGGGGGAUGGGGGGGGGGGGGGGGGUUUGGGGUGGGGGGUGGGUGGUUGGGGUGGGGGUGGUUUGGGGGGUGGGGGUGGGGGUGGGGGGGGGGAGGGGGGUGGGGGUCGGGUGGGGGGGGUGGGGGGGGUUUGUGGGGGGGGGUGGGGGGGUGGGUGCGGGGGGGGGGUGUGGGGUGUGGGGGUGGGGGGGGGGGAGUGGGGGGGUGUGGGGUUCUGA